UCUGAGUUCGAUCCCGGUGGAAGUUGGGUUCAGAUAGCCGGUUCCAGGUUGACUCAGCCUUCCAUCCUUCCGGGGCGGGAGAGAAAAAGAGGAGGCGGGACUACGGUGACAGCGGCAUUCUCUUCCCUCCCUCGCCUGCCUGACCGGCUGUCGCCCUCUGUGACGUCAUCGUUCGGGGCCGCGGCCUUUUGCCAGUCGGAAAAAGAGAGGGAGGUGGGUAGGAUGGCGGCCGGGCCGACGCGGCCUCCCCGGGCCCGCAAGGAGCCGCAGCCGUUGGUCAUUCCCCGGAGCGCGGCGGAGGAGCAACGCCUCAAACUGGAGAGGCUGAUGAGGAACCCGGAUAAGACUGUUCCAAUCCCUGAAAAACUCAAUGAAUGGGCUCCCCGUCCACCUCCAGAAUUUGUCAGAGAUGUCAUGGGUUCUAGUGCUGGAGCUGGCAGUGGGGAAUUCCAUGUAUACCGGCACCUUCGGCGGAGAGAGUACCAGAGGCAGGAUUUUAUGGAUGCCAUGGCUGAGAAGCAAAAACUGGACGAGGAAUACCAGAAGAAGCUUGAAAAGAACAAAACGGUUGCAGAGGAACAGACAGCCAAACGUAGAAGGAAACGCCAAAAAUUGAAAGAGAAGAAAUUGAUGGCAAAGAAGAGUAAACUUGAACAAAAGAAAGAACAAGAAGCUGCCAAUUCUGACAGUUCUCAGAAGCAGCAGACCAGCGAAGAGGAGGAAGACAGAGAUGCUUCCGAGGAGGAGAAAGAGGAUGAUGCAGAAGAAGCCAGUUUUGUGAUGGGGAGAUGAUGGUGCCAACUCUGUGGUGGUUUUUCGCUUGCUGUUAAGGAGCCUGGACGGAGCCUGGAAUCUGAGCUCAGCAGACUUCACGGUGCUGCUCUGCAUCUUCGCUACAGCAGAGGUGGGGCUGUAAGUAUCCCUUGGGGAGCUGCCCUUGGAGCUGAGCCGGACAGAAGUUUCUUCCAAACUUGCUUGUGUAACUGCUAUGCAGCCUGUUAUAGGGAUCCUGGGGAAAGGCUACCCAUGUGACCUGUCUUCAUAUUUCUGGCAUCGCUCCAAAGUGCGGCCUGUCUGAAAGUGAAUGCUUUAUCCAUCUGCGUCAGGCAAACCCUUCCCCCCACCUCCUCGAGAGACAUACGCGCAGAAAGUGUUCAAGUGACAGAGCAUGGAAUAUGAGUCUGAAACAAAGGAAGAGUCUGGACUUCUCCAUUACAGAAGAGAGCAAAAUGAUUUGGGAGUUUCCAUUAGGCUCCCGUUGAACCCUUGCGAGAAGCAGUUCACCAAGAUGAUGAAACGUUUGCUCUCUUCAGUGCUGAAAUGCGUGGUAUACUUUGUUCCUGAAGAGUUUCUGUGAAUAAAGAAGAACCACCCCUGAGCACA